AUGACGAUAGGAUCUGAUGCGUUGAAUGUACCGCUGAUUGUUGACCAACAAGAAACUGCUUCAAAAUUUCUAUGCGUGAACCACCAUCAAUUAAAAGAGAUGAGCAACUUGAAUUCAUUCAUCGUCUCAGCGACUAACCCCGUAGGUGGUGGAAUGCUGGACAGUAAUAAAGUCAAGAGUUGGGAUACUCUUACUGGAUCUCAAUUGACCAUGCUAAUUAUUCUUUUGCCAUUCCUCUGUAUCGUCUUGAUAGUCGGAUUUCUACGAUGUCGUUCGAAAACGAACACGAGGGUCAUUGUGCGUCGAACAAAUAACAGAUCUGCCUUAAACAGCACCGCCACGGAAAUCAUCGACCUCGACGACCCCUUUCCAAACAUUGACGUCGUGCAAAUGCCCCCCAUGAGAAGACGACUUUAG